GGUAGCUUUGCCUGCACGCCCCUGUGAAGUAGAGGGGGUGACCCCCAGAUGGGUAAUGUAUUGGAAGGGACCUGGCACAGAUCUCGAUGGGAUGUAAGGUAAUAAUUUCGUACAUACAGGACAUGAUUCCCCUUUGAAAGUUGUGUAGACAGUGUUUGCAUUUACCCAUGUUAGGUUAUAGCCCAAAGAGGGAUUUUAUUUAAAGUGAAAGCUGGAAGUUUUGACCAAGAUAAGAAUCUAUUGGUUGUAACUGCCUGAAGGCUUCACUGUUGCUUUGAUUUCAGCCUGUCCAUCAGAUGAGCUCUAAGAGGGGGAUUUGCUGAGCCCCCUUGCGGUCAGGUCACACCCACAGGCCACUGAACUGGGGGUCAAAGAAGGAGGUGAAGGGCAGGUCAGGCUGCCACAGUGUAUAGGUUAGGGGUGUGUGCGUGUGUGUUUGUGUCUGUCUUCAGGCUGAAGGGGGGGUGGGUUAAGAAAUGGCUAAGAAAUCACUAGUUUAGGAUGCAUGCUAUUACUGAUUCUUCCGCUCUUCCGCUACGCUAUUGUAGUCUACCAACAUGCUAUUAAGGUUCUUCUACCAAAUCGCCUCUUUCAGGAUUGAACAAUGUGAGAUAACCAUAGCUUUUUCUUCCUUUAGACCCCUGCUCUUCCAGACGAGCGAACAUGUGGCCAGUAGCCCCGCCUUGGGGGACAUUAUUCCCUUCAGCAUCAUUAUUCAGUUUUUGUUUACCAGAGCACCUGCUGAGCUGAAAUCCCCUUUUCAGAGGGCAGAAUGGUCCCACGCACGCUUCUCCCAGUGGCUAGAUGACCAUCCAUCUGAAAAGGACCGGCUCCUCCUCAUCAGGGGAGCUCUGGAAGCUUAUGUUCAAUCAGUGAGAAGUAGAGAAGGCAAAGAAUUUGCACCAGUUUAUCCCAUAAUGGUUCAACUGCUUCAGAAAGCCCUGUCUACUCUUCAGUAACAACGUGAAGUAGUUCUCAAUCUCCCUUUUGUGCGAACCCAAGGUUGGCAGUUAACCUAAGAAACACAUACUCUAAAAACCAGCUACCAUCCACUAUUUUAAGAAUGUAAUCAACCUCUCUGUACUUCCUGUUGAUCUUCUCCUUACCUCUCGAGCCCCUCUCCCUUAAGUAAAAAUGUCAAAAUAGAUUCAUCACUACCUUCAAACUCCGUGGACCUGAUUUUUCCAGAAAGAUACCCAACUCUUUUUUCUUUCAGGAUUUUUUUUUUUUUUUUUAGGAGACUAGCUAAAAUUUCUUUCCCAUAAGAGUCCCCCUCUGUGUACACACACACCCUAAGUUCCCGUUGCUUUUUAAGGGCUCUGACCAAGUUAUAAAUACCCUGCUGCUCCCAAUUAACCUUUGCCCUCACUAGGUAAGUGUGUAGCCCAGUGGUUUCCAAAUUUGACUGCACAUUAGGGUCACUGGUGGAAAGCUUUUGAAAAUUCUGAUGCCCAACGCACACCCCGUGUUGACACAUCUGGGGGUAGGGCCAGGCAUCCGUUUCUGAAAAUAUCCCCGGGUGUUUCCAGUAUGCAGCAAAGUCUGGGAACCACCGGUAUCUCCCAAAGCUAAGACAUAGGGUCAUAUGUUGUUUAAGUAUGUCUUACUAUAUCUGUAAUAAAGACAGAGCAAGGCUGUCUUUA